AUGGCUGAAUCGACCCACUCGGAAGACACAAACACGAAUAAAUGUUUACACAUAGGACGCCGUCAACGACAACGCAACUGUAUCGCAAAACGAAAUUGCAUCACCACCGUCGAGGGCUGCGUAAUCGAAGACGACUUUUAUUCACUCUUAAUCGGAAUACAACAAGGUUAUACUUGUAUUGAUUUGAGACAGGGAAAAUAUGACCAAGCAUGGAGAUUGAAGAAAAAUAAGUUGACUACUUGA